AGGGGUGGUGGUUUUGCAGUAUUUGCAGCAGUUCAUGCAGCUCUGACUCUGCUUGGUAGGAUAGGUUUGGAUGGAGCUGGAUGUGCCAGGAAUUGUGCCUGUAUUGCGAUUCAACCGUGCAAUCCUUGUGUAGGGCAAAAGAGAAUAAAACUGGGAAAGCGAACUCUAUGUGCGCUGGGAUAGCCACUUAUCUUUCCAAAAGAGGGUUGUUUUGCCGUUGCCAAGUUUUACCUGGGUCGAGUAGCUUAGAAUCUGGAAUUGCGACUGGAUGAGUUUCCAAGUUGGUGUAUCACUGGCUCUGGGGUUUAGCUGUAUUGCGUUUUGCAGAUAUCUUUCUCUAAACCAGAUAGCCAUUGGAUCAUCUUCUGCUGAGAGUACCUUGUUUGCUAGUUUUAAGAGUAACGCUGUGUUAUGUGUUCUUAAGUCCUUGAUCCCUAAUCCUCCUUGUUGUCCCUGAUAUAGGUCUGAUACUCUGAUGUAAUAUCAUUCAUGAUUUGUGUCUAUUGCCAAGGAGCACCACAUGCUUGUAUUUGGCCUUCCCAUGGAAUCUGAUGAAGAUGCUAAGAAGGGGUAUGCUGAUUUUGAGGAGAGGGUAAAGAGAACGAUAUAUAUCGAUCACCUUUCUCCUCAAGUCACAAGCUCAGUAAUUGAAGCAGCUAUUUCCCAGUGUGCACGCGUUGUCAAUGUGGACUUCAUUGUUAAUUACACAAUCCCAUAUGAUAUUCCUUCUGCUGCGUUGGUGGAACUAGAUGAUGAAAUACAAGCUAAGGCUGCUAUCGACUUGAUGAAUAAUUUCCCUUUCAUAAUCGGUGGAAAGCCAAGGCCUGUAAGAGCUAUCUAUGCAAAGCAUGAAAUGUUUCUGGAUCGGCCUCCUCGCCCUGGAAUCAAGAAAGAGUUCCAGUGGGUGAAACAAGAAGAUGGAAUAGAGUAUGAAGGAAUGAACAAACUGCGGCUCCUUGCAAGAAGGCAGGAAACAGAAAAUAUGGCACUCAUAAAGAUAGCAUGUGAGAAAAUAUUUUCAUUUGGCUGUUCCCUUCCCCAGAAUCUAUUGGAAGAGGACAAGGACCUAGCAAAGCAGCAACAGGAGUUACUUGAUGGAAUUUACAAGAAGUACUGCAUACUAGACAGUGACGUGAUGAAUGAUAUCAAGAACCUCUCUCGCCGUUAUGGAGUCAACCUGGCCGGUGACUGAUCAGUUUUGACCAUCCAAGAGACGGACUGCUUCAAAAGGUCCAGAUCAGUCCCCAGGGCGAGCAACAUGCAUUGGUGUGACCCAAUAACUGCAUCUUCUAUGUAAAUAUUUUUUUUGAGAACUUUCUAUGCAAAGAUUCUGUAGUGUUACUGUUGUUCCCGCAUCCUGACCCACCCAGCAACAGUAUGCUCGUUUUGUGAUGUGUAUAGGAGUAACUUCUUGCGCUGCGCGGAGAUGAUUCGCUGCUGUCGGAUGCUGUCUAUUAUGCAUGUCUGAAAUUAACUUGCUGUUGAUUAAUCGGAGGUUACAUUCAUAAUGCCUA